AUGGAAAACCAGAGGAACAUCACAGAAUUCAUUUUUCUGGGACUGUCUUCUGAUAAGAACAUAGAAAUAUUUUGCUUUGUUCUCUUUUUAUUCUGUUAUAUUGCUCUGUUGGUAGGAAAUCUUGUGAUCAUCAUCUCCAUUCUAUGCAGUCCUCUUUUUGACCAACCAAUGUACUAUUUUCUCAACCAUUUGGCCACUAUGGACAUCUGCUAUACCUCUACCGUUACACCCAAUUUAAUUGGUGACCUGCUGGUGGAGAGAAAGACCAUUUCCUUUGAUAACUGCAUGCUGCAGGUACUUCUCAUGCACUUUUUUGGAGGCAUUGAAAUCUUCAUUCUUACAGCCAUGGCUUAUGAUCGCUAUGUUGCCAUCUGCAAACCUCUCCACUACAUGCUUAUUAUGAACAGGACAAGAUGCAAUCUCAUGGUCUUGGCUACUUGGGUGGGUGCAGCUAUCCAUUCUUUUCCUCAAUAUUUUAUGGCUAUUCAGCUGCCCUACUGUGGUCCUAAUGAAAUUGAUCACUAUUUUUGUGAUAUUCUCCCAGUCCUUGAACUUGCCUGUACUGAUACUUAUAUCAGUGGUAUUCUUGUGAUUGCUGAUUCAGGGAUUAUUGCUCUAGUUACCUGUGUUGUUUUAUUCUUUUCUUAUGUGGUUAUAUUAUUCACCUUAAGAAAUCAGUCAGCUGAGGGAAGACGAAAAGCCCUCUCUACCUGUGGGUCUCAUGUCACUGUGGUUCUUUUAUGUUUUGUCCCUUCCAUUUUUAUCUACCUUAGACCCCCGGCUACUUACUCUGUUGAUAAAAUACUUGCACUAUUUUACACAAUCAUUGCUCCCAUGUUCAAUCACUUAAUCUAUACACUGAGAAAUACAGAGAUGAAGAAUGCCAUGAGAAAAGUCUGGUGUCAAACACUAUUUUCCAAGGAAGCACAAAAUUAA